UGGGCACGUCGUCCUCGCCUACCGUUCCAUCGAGGCGGACGGCAGUUGCUCCUCGCACACCGUGCGCGCGCCGGACAGUGAACGUGUUUCGGUGCUCCGAGGACGACGUGCGAUCGUCACCGGUAGUCGUCGUGAGGGUGCGGUGUGGCGUGCGCACCAAUCGUUUCGUCCCGGACGGUUCGACGUCCGUUCUUCGCGAUUAGCAAUCGUUACCAGACAAGUUUUUAUAAAACCAACACGUAUCCGUCGUGUAGUAGUGCGACACGCUGUCGCCGAGACUCGGGCGGCGCUGUAGGUCAUCCGUCCUUCUUCUCGCCGGCGACACAACGUAACGAGCCGUGCCGCAGCAGCAGACACCGUAUCGGAUUUCCCGUCACGUCCCCGUCCCCCCGAGGAGAUGUCCAGAAAACUCGAGAAAUUCGUCAUACUCUUCGACAACACCAACCUGUUGUAUUUUCCCGGACAGUUCUUGAGCGGCAGAGUGCUGGUGGAGCUCAAGGACGACACGCAAGCCUUGGGUUUACAUUUUCACGUGAUCGGUGAAGGCGUAGUGCGACUGAAAAGUAAACGGCGCGAGAGGGUUUACGACAAGGAAAACUAUAUAGAUUUUCGGAUGAGACUGCUCGGAGAACCAGGACAACCCCCGGUCACGUUGUCGCCGGGGAUCCACAGUUUUCCGUUCAAGCUCGGCCUACCACCGGGAUUGCCGUCCACGUUCCUAGGAAAGUCCGGCUGGGUGCAGUACUACUGCAAGGCAGCGCUACGGGAGCCCAACUCGCUCACGCACAAGAACCAACAGGUGUUCAUCGUCAUGAAUCCGAUCGAUCUCAACAUGGAGCCGUCCGUCUUAACUGUAGAACCAUUUCGCUGUGAUAUCGAUCACAAGCUGUCGAGAGCCAUGUGCCUGGGCUCCGGUAUGGUCGAGUGUCAGGUAUGUCUGGACAAGGGAGCUUACGUGCCCGGCGAAACAAUCGAGAUCACGGCGACGAUCAUCAACAACAGCAAAGUGACUAUUAAAUCGACCAGGGCCACGCUGACCGAGACCAUCCAGUAUUUCGCCAAGAGCAAGAUAAUUCAAUCCGAAACCAGGGAGUUGGCUUCGUUGAAAAGAGACAAGAUCAGGCCCAAUGAGAUGGACCAAUGGCACAACGAACAGCUCUACGUCCCACCGUUGCCACCUACUAACCUUCGUGGGUGUCAUCUAAUAAACAUCCAAUAUGAUAUUUACUUCAUUAUAUCACCAAAUAACAUGGAAAAGGAUGUUAAAUUACAACUUCCUAUUAUGAUGGGUACUUACCCAUUUAGAACAGAAAAUGGAUCAUUUGAUGGAAAACUCGGUACUCACUAUCCAUCAACAUUGCCAAUACUAAGACCCUGGUUGGAAGAAAAGACUUUUAAAUGAUUGAAUUAAUCGUUUAUAAAUCUAUAUUUAUUAUAGUAGACUAACCAAUUUUAUUUAUAUAUAUAUAUAUAUAUA